AUGAGGGAGGAAAACAAUAGGGCUAUUAUCGAGCUUAAGAAUGAGCUAGCAGGUGAGAGGGCUGCGAGGGAGGAAAAGGAAAAGGAGGUGGAUUUAUUGACAGUGCGACUCUCGCAGGCAGAGGAAUUGCUUGCGCAUCAGAAGGAGGAUAUGUGCAAGAUCUGGGAGGCGAUUUCUCGGGCUUUUUGUCAAGGCCACUUGUCACACCUGUCCCUGACCUCAUGGGCGCACGCGUUGCACAACAUGUGGCCACAUGGCACAAAUGCUGCCUUCCUCCGCGGCCUCUCCAUGCACACACAGCACACCGCCUCCCCGUCCUCCCCCUCCUCCCCUCUGCCACCCUUGUCACAAGAAUCCAUUACUCCCUUCUUCCUCCUGCUGUCUCUCCCCCUUUUCUCACAUCCACCCCCCCACCCCCGUUUGCCCCUUCGCCCCUCAUCCUCCUCUGCUCCUCCCCUCUGCCUCUCCACCCCCUAUGCGCGUGUUGGCUCUGGGUGCGUCGAGAUGGGACCUGGAUUGGUGGGUCCACCACUGGAGGAAUGGUCCCGGCGCAAGGCCGUUAUCCUGGAGCACGAUCUGCUGGAGCAACCACUCAAACAGCAUCAUUCCACUACAAACCCUUUCCAAACCCCCCCCCUCCCCCCCUCUCUGCUCUUCAAAAGGAGUCCUCUCCCUUUCAGGCAGAAGGUCUUCAUCCUAGAGCAGGGUCUGCUGGACUCGAGAAGAGUGGAUGGGACGAUUCGACCCGAAACCAAUACCAGCAGCAGCAGGGGCAGGGAGUAG